AAAUAUGCAUUGUUGGCGCAGGAAUGACUGGCUUAUUCUCGGCCCUUCUCUUGAAAAAAGCCGGUAUCAAUGAUAUCACUAUUCUUGAAUAUCAAGAUCGUAUUGGUGGUCGUGUCCAUACAAAAUACUUUACUGAAGAUCCUGAUGAUGAAAGACGUUUAUAUGGCGAACUUGGUGCAAUGAGAUUACCUUAUGUCCAAGAUCGACCAGAUCUUA